AUAAAGUUAAUAUUUGAAUUUUGAACUUAUAAUGCAGAUUAGUGCUGUACAGCCAGUUUUCAAGUUAGAAUUAAAUCAUAAAGUUACGCCUGGGAUAAUUAUUAUAGCAAAAUAUGAUGGCACUCACCCAUGUUUAACGGCGGCAGCAGGCUACGACAAAAUCAUCAUACACCAUCCACACGGUAUUGUUGGUGGUAGGGCCCAGCGGUCAGAGGCACACGCCGAGGUAUCAGAGCUAAAUCUAAGCCAAGCUGUAAUAGCACUUGCUGCAGGUGCACUAAAAGCCGAUUGUACAAGGGAUAUCCUACUUAUUGGAUCUCCCACCCAAAUAUUAGCCUAUGAUGUCCACGACAAUACGGAUUUAUUCUUCAAAGAAGUACCAGAUGGCGUAAAUGUUAUUUCUACUGGUAGAAUUGGUAAAAGUACGGAACUGCUAGCGAUAGUAGGUGGAAACAGUUCAGUGUUGGGUUUGAAUAGUCAAGGGGAUGAGAUAUUUUGGAAUGUUGUUAGCGGGAAAGUCUCCGCUGUUUUAGCAUUUGACUUCGACAAAGAUGGCGAGAAUGAGCUUCUCAUUGGUUGCGAAGACUCAUUUAUAAGGGUGUUAAAAAAUAACCAGUUCAUAGUAGAACUUCCUGAAACAGGACCCGUGUUGUGUUUAUCGCCCAUAACAGAAGUGAGAUUCGCGUAUGGAUUAGCUAAUGGGACCAUUGGUGUUUAUGAGGAGGGGAUUCGCUUGUGGCGAGUAAAGUCAAAACAAAACGCAAUCUCACUGCAAUGGUCAGGCGAGAGUCUGGCAUGUUGUUGGAGCAACGGUCGUGUAGACUGGCGCGACAGUGGCGGUCGAGUGUUGAGGCGAGUGCAACUGCGCUCGUAUGCUGCAGCUAUGUUACUCGCUGACUAUAGAGCUGUUGGCGCUCCCGACCUGGUCUGCGUUUCUGAUAAAGGCGAAGUUUUGGGCUACGCACCUUUCUCAGAAGAUUCUGGUUUCAACGCUUCAAAGAAAUUGGCAUCUGAAGAAGACAGACUCGCAAUUACUGAGUUAUUGAGCAAGAAACAGGCCUUGAUGGUGGAGCUUCAGCAUUAUGAGGCUAAUACUGUCACGGAUAGUCUUGAACCUAGUCGUCCUGCGUCAGCUAUGCCAACUAACACUCGCUUGCAAGUAGCUGUUACUGCGGAUACUGAGGAAGGCUGCAUCCAGCUCCCAAUAUCAACAAACAACGAAACAGUCGUACGCGCAGCCCUUGUACUGGCUGAGGGUGUGUUUGAAACGGGCGAGACACUGGCGCGACACCCGCCGCCUGGCCGUUUGCGACCCAUACUAUACAUACCGCUGCGAUCACCUAGAGAUAUACCGGUUGAUGUUCAUAUAAAGGCACUAGUAGGAUAUCCAGAUAGUGAACAAUUUCACAUAUUUGAGUUAACAAAACACCUACCUAGGUUCUCAAUGUAUAAACUGGCUGAAUCAACAGUAAGGGUUGAUUCAAACAGUUACGUAACAUUUCGAAUCACAGAGAGGGUCCAAAGAAUAUGCAUUUGGUUGAAUCAGAACUUUCUUCUUGAUGAAGAAUUGGAGCUAGAAAAUGAAGACAGUAAAGAGUUGCAUGUAAACUUUCUUUGUCUUAGGGAUAGAAGUUAUCUGGGCAUGGAUUUUGAAGCAAAUGGCCAGGUUACAUUUAAAACAGGUGAUAUAAGGUUGGCAGGGGAUUUGAUACAGAGUUUAGCUGUGUUUUUAAACUUAACUGAUUUACAGUCUACUGCCCAAUUUCCUAAGGCAGAAGAAUUACUGAGGUUGGAAAUGAUGAAUGCAUCUGAAGUGGGAGAAACAAGAUCUCGUUUGGCUGCUGAGAGUGCAGAAAAAGCCCAAUUGAUUACUGCUUUACUACCAGCUGCAAUAGAUGCGGCAUCUUAUGACUUAAAAGAAAUGUUGAAUCGUUAUAAAGAAGUAAUGCUUCUUAAUGAAGAGCUGUUAACUGGAUGUCAUAUUCGAAGAGCUUCGCAAGAGCAAACGAUUACGUCUCUAAAAAAUCUCCACACUAUUUUGCAACAAGGAGCUCGUUUAAGAGUGGGCAAGUAUAGCAAAGCAGCUGUGGCCGCUUGCAGAAAAGCAGUACAAGAGAAUAAUACUGAAGCUCUUAUUAAAAUCCUACAAGUUGGAGAUGCAUGAAAAAUAAGACAAUAAUUAAGAAAAUAAUUUAUUUCAUUCACUGUAUUA